UUUUGGGUAUAAAUAUUAUUGUGUUUCUGGGAAGUUCUGAUUUUGGAUUUGGAACCCAAUUUGAUUGAGUCUCCGUUUGUUUGCUGAGAAAACGGAGGAAAAGGAUAGGAAAUCCUCUGCCUUUAAAACAUUUUUUCUGUUAGCAUUAUUUUGCUGUUUGUCUGUACCUUAGAUGAUUAAUAUAAAAAACCUGAGCAGAAAUUAUAUUGAGCUUACUCAGUGAAAUUUUAUCUUUUUAAAUUAUCAACGAGAAUCUUGAAAUUUGAUAUUCUGAAUUCUCGUGCAUUUUCUGAGCAGCCAAACAUAGCAGAACUUAAGUUUCAUUUAAUUUUCUGAUAUAUAUGUGUCGUGUGUGUUGUGAGUGAAUGUCAUGUGUUUGUUCUUCUCUGGUCUCUUGUAUUCUCUGUUAAAUUACAGGAGCUACAGGUGUAUUUAUUCUUGAUACUCUGUUUGGCUACAGGAGCCACAGGUGGAUUUCUCUAUUAAAAGAGUAAACCUACCGGUGAUGAGGUUCAAGAAAGGGAGUAAAGUGGAAGUAUUGUGCAAAAAGGAGGUACCUUCAGGCUCCUGGCGUUGUGCUGAGAUCAUCUGUGUUAACAGUCACAACUACACUGUCAGAUAUGAUGGCCGCAAGGUUGCCAAUUGUGGGAUCUUUGUAGAGAGCGUAUCCAGAAAGGCCGUUAGGCCUUGCCCUCCUCCACUUGAAGUUUCUGAGAACUGGGUUGCUGGUGAUGUUGUGGAGGUGUUUGACAACUUUUCCUGGAAAAUGGCAACUGUUUCACAGGUUUUGAGGGAAAAUCACUUUCUAGUCAGGUUGCUUGGAUCCUCUCUGGAAUUUGAAGUCUUCAAGUUUGACAUCCGGGUUAGACAGUCUUGGCAAGAUGACAAAUGGGUUGUGAUCGGAAAGGGUUCUGGCUCUUUUGAAGGUGAAAAACGUGAUAAAACUUCAACUCUGAAGUGCAAGCUAAAAUUAAGCUUUCAGAAUAAAAGCACAAGGACAAAUCAACGUGUAAAAGAUGAUCAUUUCCCUGUUAAGAACAGAUUUAAUUUCCAGGAGUCCCAUGUUGUUUCUUCCAAAACUUUGAAGAGAGCGUCACCCUAUUGCUAUUCUCAAGCUGAAGAGUAUACUGGAGUUUCCCUGAAAUUUAGAGCAACAGAAAAAGAAGGCAGGUGCCACCGAGUGGAGGCUGCUAAUUCGUCCACUCUGCCCCUGCAGGUAGAUGCUGUUGCUUUCCCGAGAAACAUGCAGGGUGAAAACUUCAAAAAUGCUUCCCCUAACAACAGAACAACUGGCAUUCCUGAAGUGGAUGUUGCAACGAGGAGACAAACUGGCACUGUGGGGUGUUCAUUUGCAAACUUAGAAUCAAAUUUUGCUGAUGAUGUUACAUGCUCUGUUGGUAGUUGUAGCAUUACUAGCAACAGUUCCUAUAAGGUGCCCCAUAAUGUUUCUACAGGUUGUAUUAAGGAUGGUGAUUGUCAUUUUAGUGAUGCUGAAUCCUCUUUUUGGUGGAAAUAUGAGGAAGGAAAUUGUCUCCUUCCUACAAAAGGGGAACUAGCAGCUGAAAUACAUAGGUUAGAGUUGCAUGCCUACCGUUGCACUAUAGAGGCAUUGCAUGCAUCAGGACCUUUAAGUUGGGAACAAGAGGAAUUGAUGACAAAUCUUCGUCUUUCACUCCAUAUAUCGAAUGAUGAACAUUUAAUGGAGCUAAGAAACUUAAGUUCUUCUCCCUGCAUUCGAAUUAGAUGACAAGAAAAUCUGGGAAACUUUUUUUUUUUUUUUUCAUUUUUACUUUCUUCGUCUACUGUAGGAUCUAAUAAACAUUUGUUUUAAUGGCCUCACUUCAUUGUAAGAAGCAAGAUGAGAUAUUUCCCAUUUUUGUUUUGUUUUGGUUUUAUAAUAAAGAGUGGUCUAGUUUGAAGUGUAUGUACCACAAACUAUGCCAAGUAAUAAAUGUUUCUAUGAUCA